AUGAAGACAGAUUUCAAGUUCUCCAACUUGCUGGGGACCGUUUACUGCCAGGGGAAUCUCUUGUUCAGCCCCGACGGAACGCACCUGUUCUCCCCCGUGGGCAACAGGGUCACCGUCUUCAAUCUUGUCGACAACAAGUCGUACACCCUCCCGUUCUCCCACCGAAAGAAUAUUGCGAGACUCGGGUUGACCCCGCAAGGCAACCUGCUACUAUCGAUCGACGAAGAUGGCCAGGCCGUUCUAACUCACGUCCCCCGCCGGGUUGUCUUAUACCAUUUUUCUUUCAAAUCGCACGUUACGGCAUUAUCAUUUUCACCCUCAGGGCGACAUUUCGCGGUGGGAUUGGGGCGGAAGAUUGAAGUCUGGCACGUCCCAUCAACACCAGACGCCGAUGCAGCCGGCGAACUCGAGUUUGCGCCGUUUGUGCGCCACCACACCCACACACAACACUUUGACGAUGUACGGCAUAUCGAAUGGUCGAGCGACUCGAGGUUCUUCCUGAGCGCAUCCAAGGACCUGACCGCGAGGAUAUGGAGCUUGAACGCCGAGGAGGGUUUCACGCCCACCGUCCUGUCAGGCCAUAGACAGGGCGUGGUGGGCGCCUGGUUCUCCAAGGACCAGGAGACAAUCUACACGGUCAGCAAGGACGGGGCGGUCUUUGACUGGCAGUACACGACGAGGCCGGGCCAGGAUGAGGACGAGAUGGUGGACGAGUCGGACCUGAAGUGGAGGAUUGUCAACCGCCACUAUUUCAUGCAAAAUUCGGCCAAUGUCCGAUGCGCUGCGUUUCACCCGGAGUCCAACUUGCUCGUUGCCGGGUUUUCGAACGGGAUCUUUGGGCUGUACGAGAUGCCGGACUUCAACAUGAUCCAUACGCUGAGCAUAUCACAAAACGAGAUCGACUUUGUGACGAUCAACAAGAGCGGGGAGUGGCUGGCAUUUGGAGCCUCCAAACUUGGACAACUUCUAGUGUGGGAAUGGCAGUCCGAGUCGUAUAUCCUCAAGCAACAAGGGCAUUUUGAUUCGAUGAACGCGCUAGUGUAUUCACCCGACGGACAACGGAUUGUCACGACGGCAGACGACGGCAAGAUCAAAGUGUGGGACAUUGAGUCUGGGUUCUGUAUCGUCACCUUCACCGAGCACACGAGCGGGAUCACGGCAUGCGAAUUUGCUAAGAAGGGCAAUGUACUCUUUACCGCGAGUUUGGAUGGAUCGAUCAGGGCGUGGGACCUGGUCCGGUACCGGAAUUUCAGGACAUUCACCGCGGGCGAAAGACUGUCCUUCUCCUGCAUGGCGGUCGACCCCAGCGGUGAGGUCGUUGCCGCGGGCUCGAUCGACUCUUUCGAUGUUCACAUUUGGUCUGUCCAGACCGGGCAAUUACUCGACCGGUUAUCCGGCCACGAAGGUCCGGUGUCCUCGCUUGCGUUUGCCCCGAACGGCGGACUGCUAGUCAGCGGCAGCUGGGACCGCACAGCGAGGAUAUGGUCCAUCUUCGACCGGACGCAAACCAGCGAACCUCUACAACUACAAUCGGACGUCCUAGAUAUUGCGUUCCGGCCCGACUCGCUACAAAUCGCCAUCUCCACGCUAGACGGCCAACUAUCGUUCUGGUCUGUGUCCGAAGCCCAGCAGAUAUCCGGCGUGGACGGGCGCCGCGAUGUAUCGGGCGGGCGCAGGAUUACGGACCGCCGAUCGGCAGCCAACGUGUCGGGCACCAAGAGCUUCAACACAAUUCGCUACAGCAUGGACGGGUCCUGCCUCCUAGCGGGCGGCAACAGCAAGUAUAUCUGCCUAUACUCGGUCACAACCAUGGUGCUCCUCAAGAAAUUCACUGUGAGCGUCAACCUGUCGCUCUCGGGCACGCAAGAGUUCCUCAACAGCAAAUUGAUCACCGAAGCCGGGCCGACGGGACUCCUGGACGACCAAGGCGAAGCAUCCGACUUUGAAGACCGCAUUGACCGUUCCCUACCCGGCUCCAAGCGCGGCGACCCUUCAGCGCGGCGCAAGACGCCCGAGGUGCGGGUAACAGGCGUGGCCUUUUCACCCAGCGGUACCUCGUUCUGCGCAGCCUCGACCGAAGGCCUGCUGAUCUACAGCCUCGACAGCACGGUGCAGUUCGACCCGUUCGACCUCAACAUGGAGAUCACGCCGGCAUCGACGCUGGCCGUGCUCGAGCGCGAGCGCGACUACCUGAAAGCUUUAGUCAUGGCGUUCCGGCUCAACGAAGCCGGGCUCAUCCAGCGGGUGUUCCAGGCCAUCCCUUACACGGACAUCGGGCUUGUCGUGGAGCACUUCCCCACGGUGUAUGUGGCGCGCUUGUUGCGGUAUGUAGCCGCGCAGACGGAGCAGUCGCCGCAUGUUGAGUUUUGUCUGCUGUGGAUCAAGGCGCUGGUCGAUCAGCAUGGCGCGUGGUUGACGGCGAACCGGGCUAAGGUGGAUGUGGAACUGCGCGUAGUGGCGCGGGCGGUGGCCAAGAUGAAGGAUGAGAUCCGCCGGCUGGCGGACGAGAAUGUCUACACGGUGGAUUACCUGCUUAGCCAGGCGGACCGGGAGGACAGGCCAGCGUUGACGACGGGCGAGAUUGAAGGGGGUGAUGGGAUCAAGGCGCUAGCCUCGACGAAGGAAGUAACAAUACACGAUAUCAUGCGGGAGGAUGAGAGUGAGGAAGAGUGGAUUGGGCUAGAAUAG